UUCUGUACCUGCUGCCCUUCACACCAGCUCCGGAGGAGCCAUGGGGCACCAGGCCUGGGCCCCUAGUCACUGUUCCUUACCCAAGCCAUGUCCCUUCCUGCUGCUCCUGCUGCUCCUGCUGCUGCUGGUGGUACCUCGGGGGGCCCAGCCCCAGGCUGGCAGGAACCACACAGAAGCCCCAGAACCUAAUGUCACAGCCACCCCCAUGACUCCCACAAUCCCUGUGACCUCUGGGAACUUCAAUGCCUCAAUAGCAAGUGCUCCAGAGGCAGAGGCAGAGGCAGAGGGACCCCAAGGUGAGAGGUACCUUCCUAUUUCCAGCAGCAGCAGCCCCCCUGGCGCCCAAGUGCUCACUGAGUCUGGGCAGCCAUGCAGGUUCCCGUUCCGCUAUGGUGGCCGCAUGCUGCACUCCUGUACCUCUGAGGGAAAUGCCUACAGGAAGUGGUGUGCUACAACACACAACUAUGACCGGGACCGGGCCUGGGGCUACUGCGCAGAGGCCACCCUGCCUGUGGAAGGCCCAGUUGUCCUUGAUCCUUGUGCCUCCGGACCCUGCCUCAACGGGGGCACAUGCUCCAGCACCCACGACCCUGUGUCCUACCACUGCACUUGCCCUCCGGCUUUCACAGGCAAGGACUGUGGCACAGAGAAAUGCUUUGAUGAAACACGUUACGAGUAUUUUGAGGUGGGCGACCACUGGGCCCGUGUGAGUGAGGGACACGCGGAGCAGUGCGACUGUAUCGAGGGCCAGGCCCGGUGUGAAGACACCCAUCACACAGCUUGCCUGAGCAGCCCAUGUCUGAAUGGAGGGACCUGCCACCUGAUCGUGGGCACGGGGACCAGUGUCUGUGCCUGCCCGUUGGGCUAUGCUGGGCGGUUCUGCAACAUUGUUCCCACCGAGCGCUGUUUCCUGGGAAAUGGUACAGAGUACCGAGGUGUAGCCAGCACCGCUGCUUCAGGCCUGAGCUGCCUGGCCUGGAACUCUGACUUGCUCUACCAAGAGCUGCAUGUGGAUUCAGUGGGCGCUGCUGCACUGCUUGGCUUGGGCCCUCAUGCUUACUGCCGGAACCCGGACAGAGACGAGAAGCCUUGGUGCUAUGUGGUGAAGGACAAUGCGCUGUCGUGGGAGUACUGCCGCCUGGCAGCCUGUGAAUCCCUGGUCAGCGUCCAUGCCCAAACCCCGGAGGUACUGGUGGCCGUGUCUGAGGCGGCCGUGUCUGAGGCGGCCGUGUCUGAGGCGGCCGUGUCUGAGGCGGCCGUGACUGCCCGUCCGACCUGCGGCAAGAGGCACAAGAAGAGGACCUUCUUGAGACCACGCAUUGUUGGCGGCUCAUCAUCUUUGCCUGGCUCACACCCCUGGCUGGCCGCCAUCUACAUUGGGAAUAGCUUCUGUGCUGGGAGCCUUGUCCACACUUGCUGGGUAGUGUCUGCAGCCCACUGCUUCUCCAACAGUCCCCCCAGGGACAGCGUCACAGUGGUGCUGGGACAGCACUUCUUCAACCGCACAACGGAUGUGACACAGACGUUUGGCAUUGAGAAGUAUGUGCCCUACACCCUGUACUCGGUGUUCAACCCCAGCAACCAUGACCUUGUCUUGAUCCGGCUGAAGAAGAAGGGGGACCGCUGUGCCGUCCGCUCCCAGUUUGUCCAGCCCAUCUGCCUGCCUGAGACGGGCAUCUCCUUCCCCACUGGACACAAGUGUCAGAUUGCAGGAUGGGGCCACAUGGACGAGGAUGUGAGUGGCUAUUCCAGCUCCCUGCGGGAGGCGUUGGUCCCCCUUGUUGCCGACCACAAGUGUAGCAGCCUUGAGGUGUAUGGUGCCGACAUCAGCCCCAACAUGCUCUGUGCCGGCUACUUCGAUUGCAAGUCCGAUGCCUGCCAGGGGGAUUCUGGCGGGCCAUUGGUCUGUGAGAAGAAUGGUGUGGCUUACCUGUAUGGCAUCAUCAGCUGGGGUGACGGUUGUGGGCGGCUCAACAAGCCAGGAGUCUACACCCGUGUGUCCAAUUAUGUGGGCUGGAUCAAUGACCGUGUACGACCACCCAAGAGACCCGCAGCUGCCUCCUGAACCGCACCCCCUACCCCACCAGGAGGGGCUGCUCAUAAUUCCCUUUCUACUACCAACAAUAAAAAUGUUCCCAAGGA